ACCAGGCAACUGUGUACAUUUUUCUGUUCAGUACGCUUUUGCAAAAUGGUUCUGCAUCGACCUAACAGUUCAGAUACAUGAGAUAGAAAGAAAAAAAAAACGAAAUAAAUAAACGAUCAUGAUUAUAUAUAUAUUAUCACUAGCAGGCGUGGCAUUAGGAGUUUAUUUCUUGUCAUGCGUUAGAUACCAUUGUAAAACUUUAAAAUAUGACAGCCAAGCUAGGAUGGAUGGUAAAACCGUACUAAUUACAGGUGCUUCUUCAGGUAUCAGAAAGGCAACGGCUGAACAUCUCCUCUCGCGAGGAGCCAGAGUCAUCUUAGCAUGUCGUAACUUAACGAAGACGAAGACAGCAGUCGAUGAAAUACUUUCUUCAACUGGUGUUGAUCGACAAAUGGUCAAUAUUGUCCAUUUGGAUCUAUCUGAUCUGGACAGUGUUCGAAAAUGUGUCAAAGAGAUUACAGACACAGAAAAACAACUUGAUGUCCUGAUCAACAAUGCAGGUCUUGGCACAGACAUGAGGAAGACAACAAAACAAGGAUAUGAUAUAAUUUUUGGCGUCAACUUCACAGGGCCAUUCCUUCUGACUUACUUGCUUUUGGAUUUGCUCAAGAAAUCUGCUCCAAGCCGCAUAAUUAAUGUGAGCUCUGUAGUGCAUACUUCGAUAAAAGAAUCACAAAUUUCUUUUCAACCAAAUGAUCCAUCGUCCUCAACUGGUGUUAAAUAUCCCUACUUGAAAAAAUAUCAUAUUAGUAAACUAGCUCAGAUCUGGCAAACAAAUGUACUGGCUGAGAAACUAUCUGCAGACAAUGUAACGGCCAAUAGCAUGAAUCCUGGUUAUGUUCAUUCUGGUAUAUGGUAUGUUGACGCCAACCCAAUGAAACGAAUAGUUUUGCGAUUUUUUGGUUGGUUAUCCUCAAAAAUUGGUCGUACGUCCAAGAAUGCAGCGUUAACUGUUGUAUACAUGGCUGUUGAUCCAGGUUUGGAGAAGGUCAGUGGCUGUUAUUUCGAAAAUGUUGAGAUUUCAGAGAAUAUGUCUGCAUGUGCUAAGAAUAAAACUUUGGCCCAGAAAAUGUGGGAUGUUUCUAUGGAUAUGUGCGGACUUUCAAAAAAAUUUGAAUAAAAUUACUUAGAGAUGUGAGUUGAGACCUAUAACGAGCUUGUUUGUAAAAAUAAUGCCAAUCAAAAGCUGUGUACACCUGAUGCCUGCAGGUUUCAAGGGUCCAUCAGCAAUGAAUGCCCACCGACGACCCCUCUAACCUACUGGUCUCAGGUAUGUUGAUAGCUGUGAAAUUUCAAAAGAAUUAUUUAGAAAUCUGAUUUAAAUAAAUAAAAGAAAGGACAGAGAGCCAAAUCCAUAUUUUAUAUCUGUUUUACUUCUGGAUAAUGUUCUGGAUUUUUGUUUUUCUUAUUUCUUUUACUGGUUUCAGUCAUUGGACAGCAGCCACAAUGGGCCUCUACUCUCAAGGGCUUCAGUAGAUCGGAUUUAAAUUCCUGUACUGAUCUCAAGCUGGUAUUUGCAUUAUUGAUCUCAAUUUACUGAAUGACUGAGUGACACUUUUAACAAAAAAAGACUAACAGACCAAUUUUACACAUAACUACCAAUCCGGACAUCUAUACACAUAUACACACAUUCACUCCCACACAUGUUGAACUGUUAAUCUCUACACAAUAUUUUUUCCCCUCUCAUUCCUUUCUGUUUAAGAGCGUAGGCUCAAAAUGAGAAAGAGCUUUCCAUUCUU